AUGAUUAACAAAUUACGUACCUGGGUGUCAGAGAACCGAAGUCGAUUGAUUGACGAUAGCUCGAGCACCAACCUCGACUUGAGCUACAUUACCUUGAGAAUAAUUGCAAUGGGGUUCCCAUCAGAGGGAUUCGAAAGUCUUUUCCGUAAUGCACUUUGUGAUGUCAAGAGAUUCUUGGACAGUCGACACUCAGGACACUACAAGGUGUUUAAUCUGCGAUCAGAAAAGUUGUACGACAAUGAAAAAUUCAAUGCACCAGUGGCAAACUACCCCUUUGAUGAUCACCAAUCACCACCCUUUGAUCUUCUGCUCAAGUUUUGUAAAGAAGCUUCAGAGUGGCUUGAACAGGAUCCAGAUAAUGUGGUUGUGGUACAUUGUAAGGCUGGCAAGGGCCGAACUGGAACCAUGAUAGCAGCAUUGUUGAUUUAUCUCGAGGAUGCCAAAGAUGCCGAUCAAGCAAUAGAAAUCUAUGCUGCAAAGCGAACCUUGGACGGAAAGGGAAUUACUAUGCCAAGUCAAUUGCGAUAUAUUCACUACUUUGAUCAAAUGUUAAAGACCCCAUUGUUCUCAGACGUUAGAGAGCUUUCGAUUGUUAGCUUGACAAUCAACACGAUUCCUCGUCCUUAUCGCUACAAUGUAUAUACCACAGCGGCAAAGAGAUAUACAACCAAAUGUACAAUUGAUCGUACUUUUGACAGGAUCAUAAUCAAUACACUGGGGAUACUCUCUUUUAGCGGUGACUUUAAAGUUGUAUUUUAUCGCCAAGGUCUAUUUGGCUUCAAGGAAACUCCAAUCUGUCACUUUUGGCUACACACAGCAUUUGUUCCAACAAACAAUAUGAUUGUCCAUCUUAAAAAACAGUCAAUUGACAAGGCAUCCAAAGAUACCAUGUGCCAUGAAUUUGAUGCUGAUUUUUCAAUUGAUAUUGAAUUUAAACAAAAAUAA